CGCUGAGGGGAGGUGGUGCCUUCACCCGCCCUCCCGGCACCCCCUAGAUCCCCGCCGAAGCUUCGUGAUAUCUCUUCCGUCUUUCUUGCAGAGGUUUUUCUAGGACAUCAUUAUGAGUGAUCAAAUCCAGUUCAUUGUUGAGAAGCUCAAUCAGGAGCCCUUCAGGAAGAACUACAAUUUAAUCACAUUUGACUCGUUAGAGUCAGUGCAGCUGUUGCAGCUGCUCAGUGAUGUUCUGGGGGAGAUUGAUGCAAAGCAUGCUGUUGACAUUAGAGAGGAGCUGCCGGAACAAACAGCUAAAAGAAUGUUGAGUCUUCUUGGUAUCCUCAAAUACAAACCUCCUGGAAGCAUAUCAGACUUGAGUGCAUUUCGCCAAGGGUUGGUUACUGGAAGCAAACCUGUGAUUCAUCCUGUCUUACACUGGCUUCUUCAGAGAACCAGUGAACUCAAGAAAAGAGCUUAUCUGGCACGGUUCUUAGUGAAAUUGGAAGUCCCAGCCGAGUUCCUACAGGAUGAUAGUGUGGCUGACAUCAACAAACAGUAUGAAGAACUGAUGGAAGCAUUUAAAAACCUGCAUAAGGAGUGCGAGCAGCUCAAAACAUCUGGUUUAUCUGCUGCAGAAAUAAGAAGGGACAUCACUGCAAUGGAAGAGGAGAAAGAUCAACUCAUCAAAAGAGUAGAGCGUCUUAAGAAGAGGGUGGAGACAGUACAAAAUCAUCAACGAAUGCUUGAAAUAGCAAGACAGCUUCGCUUAGAGAAGGAGAGAGAAGAAUCUUUGGCUCAACAGAAACAAGAACAAAAAAAUCAGUUGUUCCACGCGGAGCAGAGACUGCAAAGAGCACAGCUCCAGCUGAAAGAGAUGCAUCAUGCAGUAGUGGAUUCAAAACCUGAAAGUUUAAUGAAGAAACUAGAAGAAGAGAUAAAUUUCAAUUCAUACCUGGUUACUGAAAAACUACCUAGAGAGCUUGAAAGUAAGAAGAAUUCAACGUAUUUCUUACAAAAGGUGGUUGCGGAGCCAGCUAUGACUCAAUCUGAUCUCGAUGUACUUGAAACCAAGAUAAAUGAAGUAAAUGCACAAAUGAAUCAGCUGAUUGAGAAAAGAAUGAUGAAGUAUGAGCCAAUUGAUAGUAAAUUUUCCAUGUAUCGCCAACAGGCAUCUAUAAUUUCCCGGAAAAAGGAAGCCAAGGCAGAAGAACUUCAGGCCGCAAAGGAGGAGAUGUCCAGCGCUGAAAGGCAGAUGCUACAGAAAACCAGCCAGGCCCACGAGUUAGAAGACUCUGACGUUCUGAACGUGGAUGAGUUUAAACACUACGUUAAUAAGCUCCGGAGCAAGAGCACGUUUUAUAAAAAGAAGCGACUGGAAAUAGCAGAAAUCACAGCUGAGUAUGGGAUCCUCCAGAGGACAGAAGAACUUCUAAAACAGCGCCACGAGGCUCUUCAGCAGCAGUUGCAAGCUAUUGAAGACAAGAAAGGUAUUUCUGGCUAUAGUUACACCCAGGAAGAGCUGGAACGAGUAUCUGCAGUGAAGAGUGAAAUGGAUGAAAUGAAAGGCCAGACACUGGAUAACAUGUCCGAUAUGGUAAAAAAACUGAACGCCAUGGUGGCGGAGAAGAAGGCGAGCCUAGCUCCCGUUAUCAAAGAACUGAGACAGUUGCGUCAAAAGUGCCAGGAAUUAACUCAAGACUGUGAUGAGAAAAAAAUCCAGUACAACAGUUGUGCGGCGGGGUUAGAGAGCAAUCGCUCUGCGCUGGAACAGGAAGUGAAAGGACUUCUUGAGGAGUGCUUUCAGGAAGAAAGCAACUACCACUACAUUAACUGCAUGAAAAGGAAUCUAGAAAUACAGCUGCAGCGUGCGAAAGAAGAAAUGAAGGCAUGCGUCUCCCCAGACCCACAGGAGAGACGAAAGGCGAUUCGAGAACAGUAUACGCGAAUGAUCCUUGAACAAGAAAACCUCGGGAAGAAAUUACGAGAGAAGCAGAAAGUUGUACGGGAAAGUCAUGGGCCCAAUAUGAAGCAAAUGAAAAUGUGGCAGGAUUUUGAGCAGUUAAUGGAAUGCAAGAGGGAAUGUUUUCUGAAACAACAAAAUCAAUCAGCCAUUGGUCAAGUCAUUCGGGAAGGAGGUAAAGACAGGCUGGUGUUAUGA